GUGAUAUCUUUUCCCGCUGUUUUUUAGUUGUAUAGGACACAGAUUUUUAUUCAAAGAUUUGCAGGAAACAAUCAUUAUUGUUUGUGUGGGUUGUAAUAGGUUGUAGGUUGUAAUGGUGAAACCUAGAAGGACAGGGAGAAGAGAAGAAGAAGUUUACGUUUUUCGACAGUCACUGAAGGCAGCAACAGUUCGAAAAGUAUGGCGGCGGAGUGUUUGACAACAGUAACAGAGCAGUGGAUACGGGACAGGUUGCAAUUAAAACAUCCAUAUCUGGGUGAUGUCCGCUCACUGAGCCUCCCCGGGACAUACGAGGAGAAGAUCAGACAUCUGGGAAACGCACUGAAUAACUUUGUCCGUCUGAAGUCUCUGGAUCUCUCCUGCAAUGCACUCAUCUCUGUGGAGGGGGUACAACACUUGAAAACGCUAGAGAGACUAAUCCUAUAUUAUAACUGUAUACCUUCCCUCGAAGAGGUUGAAGUGCUGUUUGAGCUGCCAGCUUUGAGGGAGCUAGACCUCAGACUCAACCCACUGACCAAAAGUUACCCAGACUACCGUCCUUUUGUGGUGCAUGCCAUGCCCAGCCUACGCAAGCUGGAUGGCUGUUCAGUCAGAGACACUGAGCGCAAAGCUGCCAUAAGGCAGUUCUCAUCUGACCUUCUACCUCAACAGAAGAGCUCCUCUCUGAGUCCGGCUGCUGACCAAAGUUCUGUCUUUGCUGUCUUGCUUGCGAUUACCAGAAGCAGCGAUCAGAGAUUGGCUUUAGUUGACCGCUUAACCAAGAGGCUCUCUCUCCUGACUGACACUGACGAUAUUGUGUUAAACUUUGUUGCGACGGAUCAUGAUGGCCAAAGUGAAACUGACUCAGUUCGCAAGGAAGCAGAGUCACAGUUAACUCACCAGCAGAGAGAAUCCAGAGAGGAAGAAUCAAAAGAUUUUACACAACAGAGGAGCUCCACUCCAAAACUGGAAACUGCUGAAUCCAUCCUCAGGUAUCCCCGUUCAAAACAUGAUAACACUGGGUCCAAAGUGCCCCACAUGGAGGAAACAUCUAAUAAACAAAACUCUACCUCAUUAAAAGUGACUGAAAGACCAAAGGUGUCCUUUGGCCCCUAUGUGGAGAAACACAGACCUGUGUCUGCCAAACAAAAGCAAAAGGAGUUCAUCAAACAAACCAGACAUGCAGCCAAGGGACAUUUUACUCCUAAUCCUGAUCAAGAUCACCGUCAUAAUUCUUCAUUUAUUAAUAUCCGGCCACCCAGUCCUCGUCGUCCUGGUUUGAAUCUGUCUGAUCCCUCCAACCCCAUUUUACAUCCUCCACGACUGACCUAUUCUAGCUUCAACAAGACAGAAGGGGGAUCCAGCGUGCUGCAGCAUAAUGAAAAGAAAAAAAAGGGUGGUUAUAGGAAACCCCUGGAGAUGCUCCUCAACCUCGUCGACAAACACUGGACAGGAGAGAGAUCGCUGCAUCAUAACAACAACUUCCUGUCACAGGCAGUCCAGAUCCUCUCUAUGAUGGAAAGCGAUAUUUCCAGCCGGGAGGCCGAGGUCAGGACCUUAAGACGGGAAGCUGGUGCACUGGGCUUUCAAGCGGCUGCACGAGAGGAAGAGCACAAAAUUGAAGUCUGUAAUCUCUCCGCUCAGCUGGAGCAAACUCGCAGUGCAGUCGGCAAACUCAAUGAGCAGCUGAGGAUCGUCUUGGAGGAGAAUGUUGCUUUACAAAAGCAGCUCAUCAAAUUAGAACGACAGUGUCUCAAGUCUAUGAUGAAAAGUUCCCCUGUUACUCAGAUUAAGGAGGCUCAGAUGGAAGUGGAGGAGCUGAGGAAAGAGAUCGAGGGGCUGAGGGAGAAAGUGCAGGAGGCUGAGAAAGUCAAGGAUUUGUCAAGUAUGCUGCAAGAAAGCCACAGGUCCCUGGUGGCUACCAAUGAGUGUUUGCUGGCUGAACUGAAGGGAAGCGGGAACAUUAAAGAAUGAGGAGAUGCACACCGCAAUGGAUACAUCAAAGCAAGACUAUACUGAGCUUCAGCAACCACAGACUGUUUUCAAUUAAUUUUAACUUUAUUUAUGUUGUUGCAGUGUACAUUUAAUUUUUUGUACCAAUUGAGUUCCCAGCACUUUUUGAUAAACGCAGCGUUCAUUAUUUCCAAAAUAUAAUAUGCAUAGGCCACGUUUACUUGAUGUAAACAGUACCGGGGGAGAGGCAAUUCAUUCAAGAAAGUUUGUAUAUAAGUGUGUGACAGGGCUGUUAUGUUAACAGAUGAUUUUGGGGGGGAAAAUGUUAGUGAGAAGAUCAUAAUGUAUUUCCUGGAUCAGUGGCAAGAUUGUGUCUCUUUGCUCCCCCCCCCCCCCCCCCCCCCUUUUUUUAGGUCAGUUAUGUCUCCAUCUGCUUUGUACGCUGCAGUGGAAUGAAUGCAUCUAGAUUCCAGCUGCACUGUGACUUUAUUUAUACCUCUGCCUUAGGGCUGGAGAGACACACACACACACACACACACAUACACAUAUACAUGAGCAGGGUAAAUCAGGUUAGGAUGUGGAUGCUACAUACAGUAAACUGAAUGCAGUUUUCUAUGUGAAUGUUACAGGUCACUGGUCAGUGCGAUUGGCACAAUUCACAAUAUACCUCAACAAGCCAUAAGAAUAUAAAACAUAAUAUUUUGACUGACACCCCGUAACCUACUCAGCCGAGGUUCUGGGGUGUUUUUUUUUUUUUAUUUUCAAUAAAGCACUACAAAUCAUGAACACACAUUAAGAGGUCUAAAGAACAAGAACAAAAACACACCGCAUGCACUGGGGCACAAUAGCACAUUAAAAGUUAUUUGAAAGAAGAAGAAGAAAAAAAAAAAAAGACAAUAUUGUUCGUCCACAUUAAAGGUGCACAGUAUUUGGCAUUAAGCACAGAAAACGGAUCAUACUCAGGCUACUGCAGCAGACAAAAGACUAUGACACACUGAUAGCUGCUGGUUUUGCUCUUGAUGCAUGAUUCUUCAUCAGCUGAGGCUACAGGUCGUGUGUGGCAAGUGUGAAAAAAACACAAUGUUGGAAAAAUAUUCUACAAAAGUAUAUUACUUGUUUGCAAUUUUCCCUUUAUCUCAUACAGUAUUUAUAAGGAUAGAAUAGUAAACCCCUGCUUUUUUGUUCAGUCAAAUUUGUGCCUUGGAUACAGUACCACAUGUUAAAGGUACUCUUGAUCAACAAAAACAGCAUUAGAAGGUAGCUGACUUUGCACAUGUACAAGUUAAUACAUAUUGAUCUCAAGCAAUACAAGAUUUUAUCACGA